AUGGUGACUCCGUCGGGGUACCGGAAGACCGUGAGGCAGACGCUGCUCUUAACCAGAGGGCUGGUGCGAUGCACGCGGCGGACAUGGUGGAGCUCAGAUACUGGGACACAAGUCCUCUUCAGCGAAGCUGUGAAGCACCCGGAGAUGCUCCUCGAGUACGGAGAGGAGGGGGCUGCGGACGGAGAGAGCGAGGCAGAGAAUGAGGCCCGCUUCAUCGACUUCGAGAUGCUCUAUGCGAUGAUGGAGAGAGAAGAGCUACUCCGCCCUCGUCAAGUCCACCGCGCGCCGGUGGAUCACGUGACGAGAAUCAUCGACAGUGUUGAUGAUUGCGACGCGUAUCACAACUACCGGACCCUCAAGAAGGACAUGCCCCGGCUGAUGGAAGCGUUCGGCUUCCCUAAUUUGAUUGGGCUGGAGAACGGGUGUGUGUUUCGCGGGGAGGAGGCCUUCCUUCUUCUGCUGAUGAGGAUGAGCAAAGGACGGCCUUUGGGGCUGACGUACGACGACAUCUGCGCCUUCAUCGAUGGGACUCUCCGUCGCUUCUGCAGACCCGACGGGCACGACGACAUCCAGAGGGAGGUGUACGAUGGGCAUCAUCGCGAUCACGGGCUGGUGUACCAGGCGGUGCAGGCUCCGAGCGCGAUGAUCAUCGAUGCUUGGGGUCCCGUGUCUGGGCGGCGACACGACUUGUACCUCCUCCGCGUCAGCGAGCUAAGCCCUCGCCUGGCGGCCGUGCAGGACCCGGACGGACGCAGAUGA